GCCCAAUAGUCGCAAAACCUUCGAACGAUGCUCUGAAUUUGCUUUUAUCUUCUGAUAUCUCCACGGUCUAUACACUUUUUGCCUCUACUUCCUUGGCUCGAGAACUAACAAUGUCAGAGAAUAUGGUCGUCAUUGUAACUGGAGCGAAUCGAGGCAUUGGUCUUGCUAUUUGCGAACUCAUCUUGAAGACCAACCAAAAUGUCAAGUUGUAUGCGGCGUCAAGGGCAGGAGCCGACCUUGGUCUCAAGAGUGCUGGCUCUGGAUCGAUCAAGUACCCCAAGCUAGAUGUCACUAAGGAUGAAGACAUCAAGCAGCUUGCCGAAGAUAUCAAGCGUGAAGACGGCCAGAUAAGCGUGCUCAUCAACAAUGCUGGAGUCAACACGUAUCCGGAGCACACCCCUGAGAGCGUGAAGCAAAUGCUGGACGUCAACUACCGUGGAACGUACAAGAUGUGCAAGGCUUUCAUCCCUCUUCUCUCAGAUUCCGGACGUAUCGUCAACAUGUCAUCCGUGGGAAGUCAAUUGAAGAUCUACAGUCAGCACAACGCAGCUCGGUUCAGAAACACUGGAUCAUACGAGGAUGUUGAGAAGAUUGCCGACGACUACAUGGAAGCUGUCAAGGCAAAGAAGGAGCUUGCCUCAGGUUUCGGCGACAAGGGCCAAGGCUACAGUGUCAGCAAAGCAUGCGUCAACGCAAUCACCGCGAUACUUGCAAAGGAGAACUCUGGCCUCACAAUCAACGCAUGCUGCCCAGGCUGGGUAGACACUGACAUGGGUGGUAUUAUGGGCAAGCCACCCAAGCGACCAAUCGACGGUGCCAAAAUUCCUGUCAAGUUGGGUUUCGGUGACAUUUCCGGCACCACUGGUCGCUACUGGGCCAAUCCUGGAAUCUCGGAUAAGGGAGACGGUCAAGUCAUGGCUUGGUAAUCGACGAGUCCUCGAAACGAUGUAAUGUAGUAUGCCUUGUUCCAUAAUCAUCAAACUGAAGCAAUCGAAGUCAGCCACCAACAAUC